AUGUCCAUGAUGGGUAAGAUAAAUUAUUUUAUUGGACUUCAAAUUAAGAAACUGAAGGAUGGCAUCUUCAUCAACCAAUCAAAGUACUACAAAGAGUUUUUAAAAAGAUUCGACAUGGAUAGUUGCAAGGCAAUGUCUACUUCGAUGGGAUCCGGAUCUUAUGUUGAUCAAGAUGAAUCAGGUGUUUCGAUUGAUAUAACAAAGUAUCGAGGUAUGAUUGGUUCCUUACUUUAUUUGACGGUAAGCCGUCCUGAUAUUAUGUUCAGUGUGUGUCUUUGUGCUCGUUUUCAAGCCAAUCCAAAAGAAUCACAUCUCACCGCUGUUAAGAGAAUCAAGAAAUAUCUCAAGGGAACAACAAAUGUCGGCCUAUGGUAUCCUAAAGUUAGUAUUUGCAAUUUAGUUGGUUAUUCUGACGCUGACUAUGCAGGAUAUAAAACUGAUCAAAAAAGUACUAGUGGUACAUGUCACAUCCUUGGAAAUGCAUUAGUUUUGUGGGCUUGCAAGAAACAAGCAUGUGUUGCUCUAAGCACUGCCGAAGCAGAAUACAUAGUUGCAGCUUUUUUGCACCGAGUAAAUCGAUUUACCCAUGAUAUAAAUCGAUUUACCCAUAAAACAGUAGCACUAGUUUUUGUAUUUGGCAUAUUUGGCACUGAGUAG